AUGUCCGCGCCUUCUUGCUUCGUUGGUUUCCUUAUGAUAGUCGCGUCCCCUGUCCCAAAGAAGUCAAUCCGCUCGUCAGUAUUUCGCACAAGACGAAUCGGCUUACUUUAUUCAAAAGAGACUGCGCAGAGAAUCAUCGAAACUAGGCGCAGGUAG